AUGAUAGGAUAUGAAGUUACUAUCCAAGAUUUUGAUGUAUGGAAGGAUGAAGGCUUGUUAACACAGUGUCGUUUGUUUUGUCGUGAAAUAUUCUGCCAAGAGUGCGGUUUACAGGAAUUAUCAGAAAUUGAUGCAGAGGAUAGGAAUAGUAGGCACAUUGUGGUUCAGUUGACAGGUAACAACUCGGUGAUCGGCAUUUGUCGUCUACAUUCCAUCCAACCGUACAUCAAGCUGGAGCAAGUUGCUGUCCGCAAGGACUGGCGAGGACGAGCUAUGGGGUAUCGCCUAUGUCGACGUGCUAUAGAGUUAGCAGAAUGUUUCUACAGUAGGCAAGUUCUGGUAACAUAUUCACACUACAGUACUGUAAAGUUUUACGAACAACUUGGCUUCAUGGUAGCAUCAGACGAAUUUAGGGAUGCUGGUAUUUUACAUAAGACUAUGUUUUAUUUUCCACGUCGAAAUAAGUUACCUACAUUGCAUUUGUGGAGAUUUGACGAUGCUGAUUGUAAAUAUACACCAGGUGAUUGCUUUGAUCCGGCUGUUAUGGAGAGGAUAAAAGAAACUAUCAUGUCAUUCAAGGCACAAAACGUACCUAGACUAGUGCAUCUGCAACACUUGCCAGAAGAAAGUGUCGUUGGUUGUUCGCUAAUUCGAAUUUAUAAAGAAUGCGCUCGAGCAACUUUAGCACAAAAUUUUACGCGAAGUAAACAGUUAGAAAAUUUUUUGGCGUCAAUAGCGUGGGAAAAAUUGAAUACUGGCUAUUAUGAAGAGGUCGAUGAAGCUUGGAGAGUUUUUUACACAGUCAUUAUGAUGUGUAGAGCAGUACGUUUGAAAUUAGAGAGACGAAUAGAGGAAGCUUUGUUUGCUUGUGAUAUGGGUUUAAUAAUGGGUCGUGAUGUUGAUGGUUUUGCGCUGUCGAACUUUGCUCAUCAUUUGCAUGCUUCUUUAUCAGAACCAACAACUCCUGUUUCUCUAAAAACUCAAAAGCUUUUGCAACCACCAGCUCCCUUACCGAACUCAAUUUAUGUUGAUGUUUGCGAGCUACCAUCGUUUGAAGAAAUGUUAAAGAUUAUAAGAAAUAAAAAACCAGUGGUCAUACGAGGACUUGUAAAUCAGUGGCCUGCAUUUAGAAAAUGGAACUUCUCAUAUUUCAACGAGCUUAUUGGUCAUCGUACAGUACCUAUUGAAAUUGGUAACAGUUAUGCCGAUAGUGACUGGCAACAAGUUCUGAUGACUUUUCGUACUUUCAUUCAGAAAUUCAUAGAAUGUGAGAACUCAGAUGGUCCAGGUUAUUUAGCACAACAUCGGUUGUUUGAUCAAAUUCCAGAACUUUUGGAUGAUAUUAUAAUUCCCGAUUACUGUUCAUUUGGUGAAGAUGGGCUUGACAAUGUCGAUAUUAAUAUUUGGAUUGGGCCAUCAGGAACUGUAUCACCUCUACAUUUCGAUCCAAAAAGUAACAUGUUCUGCCAGGUGGUUGGCCGAAAGUUUUUACGUAUAAUACCUGCAACUGAAACUGAAAAUGUGUACCCUCGACAGGAUGGAAUUUUGACCAACACCAGUCAGAUUGAUGUACGAUGUCCAGAUUUGACAGAAUUUCCACGUUUUCGCGAAGCUCAUGUCUUUGACUGUACAUUGUAUGCUGGUGAUUGUUUGUUUAUACCAGCUGGAUUUUGGCAUUAUGUCUUCGCACUUGAUCCGAGUAUAUCUGUGUCCUGUUGGUUCACUACCAAAAUCUAA